AUGUCCAACGCAGAGACUGGGAAGCUCUAUGAAACGAUCAUCGAAGAGGUGAUUAGUGACUCGAGACAAGACUUUGAAGAUAGUGGGAUUGAUGAAUCCACUUUACAGGAUUUGAAAAGAAUAUGGUGUGAGAGAUUAAGUCACACCCAAGUUGCCAAAUUCUCUUGGGAUGAAGAGGAAUUUAACAAUAAUUAUGACAGUCAUGUCAUACAAUCUCAACAGAUUCCCCAAAGUGAUAGCUUGACGAAUGGAAAUUUGCACUUGGAUGGUGGAGAUUUAGAGCUUCCAAUGGGUAGUGACUCACAAUUGUCAUACAACACGAUACAACCAGACAGUUCAAAUAGUAAUAUUGGAAUUCAAAUUCCAAGCAUAGAUCCUCAGCCCAAAUCUGAGUAUGAUAGCAGUAGCACGGGGCUUAUGUUGCCUAGAAUUAAUCAAUCGGAUGGGACGUUUGAGUUUGUUUUGUACACCGACAGUGGAGCACAUUUCCUAAAAUCCUUCAAACAGAAGAAAAAGCAGAAAAAGAUAAUCAAUCAAGUUGAUGGUUCUGAUGAUGAUGAGGAUGAUGAGGAUGAUGACAUCUUUAAUGACUCCGAUGAUAUCAACUCUGAUUUGGACGAUGGUUUAGAGAGUGAUAAGUCAGAUGAGGAAGAUGGCGAACAAGAAGGACAGAUCAUGUUGUGCUUGUAUGAUAAAGUUCAAAGAGUCAAGAAUAAGUGGAAAUCAAGUUUGAAGGAAGGAAUAGCGAACAUAAAUGGAAAAGAUUAUGUUUUCCAAAAGGCUACAGGUGAGAGCGAGUGGUAA